UUCUUGCGCGCUUGCGGAAUCCGCCUCUCUCGAUGUUUCUUCCCCGGCUCUGGCCUCCGUUGGUGAAGUUGCUCUUUCGGGCGAUGAAAUGACCUCGGAACACCAGCCACGACAGGAGUCUGUUUCCCCGAAAUCGCAACUACGAGAUCUAGCCGACCUCUCCACUACAACGGCUGAUGAUUCCUUCACUGCGGAAGCGGAUGGUUCGUCUAUAGGUGAUCACGAAGUUACGAAGAACCAGGAAACCAGCAUUUCCGAAACAGCACCCUCGGAAAAUCCAUCGAUUGCCAUUCAGACCCCGCUUCCCCGGAGUCCGAUCAGUCCACAUUUGACGUCCGAGGCGAGGAUUGCGGCGCUUGUGUCUCCAGUUGUGGGGGGCGAAAUGGAUCAGGUGUCCCGACCGUCUUCACGAUCGCCCGCAUCAGCGGACGUAGAAGCUCUGCAACAGCGACUCAAACUGGUCGAGCAACGUUUCGCAGAUGUAUCAACCUCGUUCAAGCGUUUACAGGCUGAGAAAAGGGCUGUGGACGGCAUACUCCGCGAAUUGACGCCCAUCGAAGGGAUGCAAGAUCAGGUGGCCCUUCGAGAUUACCUUCAGAAUAUGAAUCAGAAACUCGAGAUAUCACAGGACGAAAUCAUGAGAUUGAAUGGAAAGCUCACACGGCAGGAAGAGCGUUUGGAAGAACUGAGAGAUACCCAUCGACUCGAAUCCGCUUCCUUCACAGAGGAGGCUGACAACCUUCGUCAGCAACUCGAGGCCGCCAAGAACGCGCUACAAGCAGCGGAAUCUGUGAAGGCUAAGUCGGACGAAGAAGCAGCAAAGCAUAGAGCAGAAAUUGAACGAUUGAAGAAUGAGAACGAGAAGGCGUCUACCAUGGCCAAGGACGAGGAAGAGAAACGCGUUAAGGCCAUUGCGCUCCUCAAGACCGUUCGUCAGAAGCUCGUUAAAACGGAGAAGGACAGGGAUGACGCAAUAAAGGAUGCUAACGCAACGAAGGGAAAGGAUAAGGAAGAGCUCGCAAGGCUUCAUCAUGAAAUUGAGAAGGUCAACGCAGAAAGGGAGCAAGCGAUUACCGGAAUGCGUGCGCAUUUUGAUCGUGAACUUGCGGGUCUCAAAGAGCGCCAGGCGAAAGAUAUCGCUGCUCUGCGCGGUCAGUUCGAACUGGAGGCAAUCAGCACCAAGGCUGCGCAUGCCAAGGAGCUUGCCGCUCGUGACUCCAAGAUUGCCGUUUUGGAAAAUUCUGUUCGCAAUCUCACGAACGAGAAGAACAAAUAUUUCGACCUCUUGCAAGUGCGACAGGGCGAAUAUGAAUCAGCAGAAUCGCAUUCGCAGUCCCUGGAGGCGCAAACUACCGAGUUGCAAUAUCAGUUGCGCGAAGCGAACGAGCGUAUUUGCUUGCUCACGGAAGAGUUAUUAGAAGCCAGACGCGAACAGGAUCAUGGCCGACGCAAACCGUCAGUUUCCGCGGAGGAAGUUACGUUAAACCUGCAAGCGACCGAAGCACGAUAUGAGAAUAUGUUGAGGGAAGUCAGGAAGCAGAUUGAGGCGUUGGAGGCUGAGCGCGCUGAUGCCGAGGCAAUGUGGGCUAGAAGGUUGGAAGAGAAAGCCAAGGAGGUGGAGAACUUAAGGGAACUGGUGGAUACGAACCGGGAGUCAAGCGGGAUAAAGGAGCAAUCGAUGAAGGAGUCUCAGCAACAAGUAGACCGUCUGAAAGAAGAGCUGCGGUUGGUUAGGUUAGAUGUGCAGAAAAUGCAGCGAGAGGUCGACGCCGCAAGGGAAGCCCAGACCGGCGCUCAAGAAGAAUCGAAAGAGCUCGGUAGCAAGCUCGCCGCUCUCGAGAAACUGAUCGAGGAGGUGAAGCUGCGAGAGACACAACUUAAGGCCGCCAACAAGGCUCUCCGAGGAGAACUGCACAAAGUACAGACUUCCGCGGCACUGCUCGAGCGUCAACGAAACCCUGGUGUCGGCUAUUGGAGCGCCUCGAGACAAGAUUUGCCUGACAAUGUUGAGAUGGAUUCACGGAUCUCGGUCUCGUCUACCUCGGAUGUGAGCAGAAACAGCACGCCUCGUAUAGGAUCACCCACUCCAACUUCCGGGUCUGAAGAGGAAAUCAAUCUCGAGUACCUACGCAAUGUGAUUCUGCAAUUUUUAGAGCACAAGGAGAUGAGGCCCAACCUCGUACGUGUGCUUGCUGCGAUCUUGAGAUUCACACCACAAGAAACACGUAGGCUAGUUGCAAAGGUCUAAGAGCCGUCGUUUGUACCCCAGGACAAACAGCUGUGAAUAGUACCUUACAGACCCUACAAUAAUGUACACAUGGGCGACGGUCCAUGGCCGGAUUGUGGACGCCGGAAACGGAAUGUACAUAUUACACUGCAGCGUCGGCUUUCGUCCCAUACAUCUUGACCAGUCCGGCACUCGCGCCACCUUCCAAGGUCUUCGCGUAUGCAUCCACCUGGCCGAUGAGCAGCAUACUUUCCAGCCGGCUUGGCUCAGGCGGGACUUUGACGAGCCGUUGCACGUCAGCCUCUGGGAGGGGCUGGAGACCUUGGGCCUGGCGCACGGCGUUUUCGUCUCUCCGUUUUUGCAGAAGGCCUUCCGCCUUCGCCUUUUCCCUGGCAAUCUGGCGGGAGAGGUAUGCGAGGUUAUUCUCUUCGGUUUUGUAGGCAUCGAGCGCAUCGAUCAAUCUCGAAAGCGGUUGCCUGAUCGUCGUCGAAUCAAGAGACAAGACUUGAUAGGAUGAUGGUACGGCUGCUGGCUCCAGGUUGGCUACUGGACCGGUCGACGAUGUUGACGUGGGCUGAGAUAGACGCGAAAUGAACGAGGAUAGGAGAGCAUUGGUACGGAUCUUCAGUGGUAUCUCUUGCAAGAUGGAAGAGAAAGUGAGGCGGUGGUUCGCGAGGCUCGCUGAGCUGAAGUUCUUACGCUUGUGUGCGUCUAUGAAAGCUUUGCUCAGUUUGAAGGCCUUGAAGGAUGCGUUCCCUUUGGUGCUUUGCGUAAUAUCAUGAACGAUUACCACACCUCCAUGGCGAAGUUUCUCCUGAUAGAUGGCUUGUGUCUCCAUCAAAGUCUGGGUAUAGAAAGCACCCAUCGUGGUAGCCUGGUAAAAACCAACUACGCUAUCAUCCGCUUGCACUUCCUUAAGUGACCUCAGCAUAGAUCCCUGGUAGCGCGCAAUCGCCUUAGAAGACUUGUCAUCUUCCUCUGAGGACGUAUGCUGCGUGGGCAAAGGAAAGGAGUUGGAAACUUCUAAAACGCCGUCCAGAUCGAGGCCAAGCAAGAGUCCCGUAGCGGAUCUUGCCUCACUCGCGUGCUUGAUGAUUUUCGAAACCACUAAGCCAUCCAGUUGCGCAUAGCUGAUGGGUAUCUCAGCCUCAGGAUCAACGGCCUUCGACAUUGAAGCAGGGAUUUGUUCGAGAACGGGGGCAGCUGGGGCGGGCGCUUGGGGCGCAGCGGGCAGUGACGCCGCUACAGCUGCUGCCAUAGAUGUGGCCAUGAUAGAUUAGUGCGGACGUUGCGAAAGUUGC